AUGCGUCGGGCAUUUGUCCAGGCUUUCCAUACUGCUCGGCGUGCCCCAGUAUGGAAAAUUGCCGGUAAACGGCCGAGUCCGCUCCGUUUCAGCCACAACCAGGUACGAGGCCUCAGGCCAUACUCUGGAGGCCGACACUCGUCCUACCUCCCUGCAGCUCUGCAAUCCCCCAUGCAUUUCCGCAACUUCGGCCUAGCCGUAAUUUCGACCGUGGUCGCCUCCGGGGCGUGGUAUGCGUAUCAGAGUGACGGUAGCGCUCAGUCAUUAGCAACACAGGUUCGAGGGUUCGCCGCGAGUGCAAUCACAACUGCCCAUGCCGAAGGGCCUUCCGACUCGACGCGCCGAGCUUUGUUGGUCAACAACGACCAAUUCUACAUCCAGACACUCUCCGAAGACCAGCCGCUAUCGAAAAAGGCCGACGAUUCAGACCGACGCAUGGUGAACAUGCUUACCCCGGAACAAGCGACCGAGAAAUUGCGAAAGAGUGAAGAAUCCUACUUUGUGAACCGUGGCAAGGGUGUUGUUCGAUACGAUAUUGUUCAGGUUCCCAGCAACUCGCCGAUCGAGGAUGACCAUGCCGAGCUGAUUGUUGAAGUGCCAUCGUCCGUGGCUGCUAAUCAGAAUGGGGAGCCCAGUAGUGAUUGGUCGUUUUGGGCAGUCUUUGAUGGCCACUCGGGCUGGACUACAUCUGCCAAGCUUCGAAACGUGCUUAUCUCAUAUGUCGCCAGAGAGCUCAACGCUACAUACAAAGCUGCCGCAACUGACCCGACAGUUCUGCUUCCUUCAUCCGAGGCCAUUGACGCCGCUAUCAAGCAGGGAUUCCUUCGUCUUGACCAUGAUAUUGUGAACGAGAGUGUCAACAAGGUUCUCAAGUCGAACUCGCGACGUAUGGCCGCAGAGCUGCUCGCACCUGCUCUUUCAGGAUCUUGUGCUCUUCUUAGCUUUUACGAUUCCCAAUCAAAGGACCUCAAGGUUGCAGUUGCUGGCGACUCCCGUGCUGUUCUCGGUCGCCGUGGAUCUAAUGGAAAGUGGACUGCCACGGCACUGUCAGAGGAUCUCACUGGCGGGACUCCCUCUGAGAUCAAGCGUCUUCAAGCCGAGCACCCCGGUGAGCCCUACGUGACCCGCAACGGACGAAUUCUGGGUGGCCUUGAACCCAGCCGUGCCUUUGGCGACGCUGUCUACAAAUGGACCAAGGACGUCCAGGACAAGAUCAAGGGCCAGUUCUUUGGUCGUAGCCCUUCUCCACUUCUCAAGACCCCUCCAUAUGUCACUGCCGAGCCUGUUAUCACCACCACCAAGAUUGAUCCGUCCAAGGGAGACUUCGUUGUUAUGGCCACCGAUGGUCUGUGGGAGAUGCUGACCAACGAUGAAGUCGUCGGCUUGGUUGGCCAAUGGCUUGAGCAGCAGUCUGGUGCUGGAUCCAGCAAGUCCUGGCUCCAGAGUUGGUUUUCAUUUGGCAGCCAGAAACAGCUCCCUGUGAAGGGAACUGGCACCACCUCCGAAGGGCAGCGACGUCCAUUCCGCCAGGAGCAGUACGCUAUUCCCGAGGGCGAGAGCCGCUUCGUAGUUGAGGAUAAGAAUGCCGCUACGCACAUUGUGCGUAAUGCCAUGGGAGGCAAGGACAAGGAAAUGAUUUGUGCUUUGUUGACCCUUCCCAGCCCAUACUCCCGUCGUUACCGUGACGAUAUUACCGUUGAGGUUAUCUUCUUCGGCAAUGGCCCAGACUCUCGCACCGUCGAGACGAACGAAGAAGCCACCGCCCCAGAAGAGCCAAUUAAGGCUAAGAUUUAA